AUGCUGGCCCUGCGGCUGCUCAACGUGGUGGCCCCCGCCUACUUCCUUUGCAUUUCCCUGGUGACCUUCGCGCUGCAGCUCUUCCUCUUCCUGCCCAGCAUGCGUGAGGACCCCACAGCCACCCCGCUCUUCUCGCCUGCUGUGCUUCACGGGGCGCUCUUCCUGUUCCUCUCAGCCAAUGCCCUGGGCAAUUACGUCCUGGUCAUCCAGAAUUCCCCAGACGACCUGGGUGCCUGCCAGGGAACCUCCUCCCAGAGAUCUCAGUGCCCACCACCCAGCACCCACUUCUGCCGAGUGUGCUCCCGAGUCACGCUGAGGCACGACCACCACUGUUUCUUCACCGGCAACUGCAUCGGCGGCAGAAACAUGCGCAACUUCAUCCUGUUCUGCCUCUACACCUCGCUGGCCUGCCUUUACUCCAUGGUGGCCGGCGUGGCCUACAUCUCAGCUGUCCUUUCCAUCUCCUUCGCCCACCCCCUGGCCUUCCUCACGCUCCUGCCCACUUCAAUCAGCCAGUUCUUCUCCGGAGCUGUCCUCGGUUCUGAUAUGUUCGUCAUCCUCAUGCUCUACCUCUGGUUUGCUAUCGGCCUGGCCUGCGCGGGUUUCUGCUGCCACCAGCUGCUGUUGAUUCUCCGGGGGCAGGCCCGCUACCAGGUUCGAAAGGGGGUGGCAGUGAGAGCCCGGCCCUGGCGCAAGAACUUACAGGAGGUCUUCGGAAAGAGGUGGCUGCUGGGCUUGCUGGUCCCCAUGUUCAAUGUCGGCACUGAGAGUUCCAAGCAGCAGGACAAAUAGAUGGCAAACACUUCUGUCUCAGUUCCUCCCGAACCUAGGACCACAGCAUAAGCCCACCCUUGUCCCUAUCUGUGACACACCAUACUCUGUCCUAGGAAGGACCUCAUAUCCACCCCAGGUCUUCAACCCUCAGAGGAUAUGUUAACAGAUGCCUCCUGACAUGGAGGGGAAAUGGCCACCUGGGCAUCACUAGGCUGCUCUCAGGCCAGCCAGGUAGGUAGUUGCUAAAUCUUUAGGGUUUUUCUGCUUCGAGUUUUCUUCUGCAAAGCCCUGCCCCUGCCCCCUGCCUGGCCCGUCCACUCUCAUGUCUCAGGUCAUAGCUGCUUUUGCUAAAGCCCUUCUCUUCGUUUUGAUAGUGGAGACUGUUCUUGCUGCUGGCGGGAGACUCCCCAGGAUAUGGAGGCUGGUUAAUGGUACAGUUUCCAUGCAUGAGCGGCAGUCAAGGAAGCUCUGCCAACUGCUAGUGAAAAUGGGAAGGGUGGGGAUGCACCCUCAUCCCCUGGAGGGAGAGUCAGUGUGUGUGUGAGGGGAAGCACAGGCACUCGCUGCUCAGCCCAUGUACAAGACCCUUUCCCCAGACACACCAUCACUGACCUGGUGUUUUGUUAAUGCUGUCCCCUGCCUGUCCCAGCUGGCCAGCCCAGCCCAGCCCGAGAGUUAGCUGGAUACUUCUCCUCCCUGGGAGUCCUCUGGCCUCUCUCUCUUUGGCCUCCAGCCUCUAGAUUUUUGCUGGAUAUUGGGAAGGGAAGAUGGGAGAGAGAAAAGGGAGUUACUCACCCUUAAGUAAUAAUGGAAGUGUGUUUCUAUAUAGCCUUAUAUAAUCGUGUGUGUGUGUGUGUGUGUGUGUGUGUGUGUGUGUGUAAGAGGGAGUGGAGGUGAGGAGUGUUGUUAUGAGGAAGAGUGAGAAUUGGAAGGGAAAGAGGGAGGGGCAAAUGUAUUGACUGUUUUGCAGCCGAAGCCAUCCAGUGUUUGAAUACAAACUGGAGUGAGUGCUAGCCGCUGGAGGUAUUUUAACAGGAACUAGGCAGUUAUCUACCAGAGUGCUAUGGAAGAGAUUUUUGGACUGGUUUGUUCUAGAUGAACUUAGAGAUCCCUUUCCACUCCUUGAUUACAGUGUCAUUUCUGAUACUGCUGGGCCCAGGGGCAAGAUCUUUAGAGUCACCUGAGAGUUACCUGCCUUCAUGGGGCAGAGGUUAGAAGGAGCAUGGGUUAGGGUCUAACAAUCAUAACACAGGCUUUCUGCACCCCAAUCCAGCCCCUCAGGAGACUUCCUGAUGUUAGCAGUGGCUGAGAGAGGCUAGCAGUGGAGGCAGGGAGGUAUAACUGUAGUGAGGGUCAGGUCAGGGCAGUCGUAGGGAGAGAAAAGCCUGGAGGUCACGUUCAGCCCUGAGGAGUUUGUGGGAAUGACAGAAUAUUGAAGUGCAAUGUCCAGUCCAUCCUGACUAGCUCUAGAUGGGGGCACUGCCUUGUGUUUUGAGACCCAGAGAAACAGAACAGACCUCUGGGGCAUAUGAAGGAGUGGGAGCCACAUUUAAAAAAAAAAAAAGCCCUCUCCUGACUUAGUUCCAAGGCCAAUCCAACAUCUAUAAGUAGCUGGCCACAGUGACCAGAAGCCAUUGAUCCAUAAGACCCUGGAUUCUUGAACAGAGCUUGGGAGGAUGUUAUGCAGGCCCUACUUUGGUGCCCUCCAGAGGGCUAACAUAGUAAUGGCUCUUCUGCUCACACUUCUCCCUCCAACAUUCAUUCUUUUGGGCCUCCAUUUGGUCAUCCUCCAUUCGUUCAUCCGGCCUAUAUUUAUCAAGCACCAACUGUGGG